AUGAAUGUUGGAAGCACUCAAUUAAAAAUAUUUCCAGCCUGCUUACCUACUCUAAAUCCAUCGUCUCCUAAUUUUAAAUCGAGAUUUCCUGCUGAUGUAGUACUACUAGUUGAAGCGCAGAACACUCAUAUUCAUACUGAUACACGUUACAAAUAUUUGCCAAAGUCGAUAAUUGAUCCUGAAACUGGUGAUAUACGUAUGCGACGAUCGCAUCCAAUGAUUAAUAAUUUCAAUGAAUACAUCAUAUCAGCAUGUCGUUCUAACAUGGACGUUAAAUUUAUUUGGACAGGCAACAAUGCUAUUAGAAGAUCACGUAAAUUCGUUUUACUUUCCUACAAUACACUUGUGUCUCAACAAGAAUUAUCUGGAGUGCAAGUUGCUUCGUAUCUUAUGAAUUGGACGAUCAUUACAGAAUUGAAUGAUUUACGUGUCGCACGAAAUCUAGAAACAAAUUCAUAUGACACCCAAGAACGAUAUUGUCGAGCUAUUCUUACACUUUUUGUGCCUUGCCGAACUGUAUCUGAUCUUUGCGAUGUCAGCCAGAAAUGGGAAGACGCACUUAGCUCUCGUCAGCAUCAUAUAUCUGCGCACUCGCAGAAUAUCAUUGAUAAUAUUCAACUUUUACAUGAGUGUAAGAAAGAUAGAGAUGAACACUUAGUGAAAGUGAUCACAGAAGCUCAAGUGGAGAAUGACACAAUCAAUCCGGAACUCUUUCGAAAAAAUCAAAGUUUAUACGAUGAAUACGAUGAUACAAGUGAUAGCGAAGAUUUACUUGAAUUGCUCGGUAAUUUAAACAAUUCUACUACAGUUGCAAUGAACAGCAUGAAGAAAUCAACAGAAAAUGUGUAUAUAGAUGAAACUAUAGAAGCUAUAGAACAGAUGGGACGAUUCUCUUAUACACACACACCAAAUCAAAUUUUGAUAAAUGCACCAUUUGCUGAUAAUUAUCAACAGAUGACAUCAUUUGUUCCUUCAACAUCUGAUCUCGUUCGACUCAAUACUAAAUGGCAAGAACAACUGAAAGCUGAAAGAGAGCGAGUUAGACGAAAUUUAAUCACUGGUAAACAUUAUAAAAUAGGCGACGAGUCAAACAUGGACGAUAUAGAAGAUACAGUUGUAACACUGAUAAAUUCAACUAAUUCAAAUNUCACCGGACAAACUUUGAAAAAGAAUUAUCGGAAACAUAAAUAG